AUGGCCAAUUCCAAGCGCCGCAAACUCGAACGCCAACACCCCAAAGCGCAAAAAGCAAAACCACAAGCGAAACCACAGACGCCGAAAAAGCAACCCACCAAGAAGCGCCAGCAACAGCAAGACGAACCUGUGAUUCCAUUCGACCCGACUGAUAAGAUCCUGCUCAUUGGUGAAGGGGACCUGAGCUUUGCGGCAUCUAUAAUAAAGCAUCAUGGGUGUGUGGACGUGACGGCUACGGUGCUGGAGAAAGACCACGCCGAGUUGCUGGUCAAGUAUCCGUCUGUGGAUGACAAUAUAUCAAUUAUACAAGGCGAGAGCAGCAAACCUACGAAGAAUGAUACCACGGAAGCAAGCAAUCCCACAGAAAACGACGAUGCGGAAAAUGACGAAAACGAACAAUGUGAUAAUGAAUCCGACAGCGAGCCAGCCUCACCAACCAUCACCACCAACAAACUCCUGUACAACAUCGACGCAACCAAGCUCCCCUCGUCACUCACCCGCCCCAUCCACAACACAAUCCUCUUCAACUUCCCCCAUGUCGGCGGCAAAUCCACCGACAUAAACCGCCAAGUCCGGUACAACCAAGAACUCCUCGUUUCCUUCUUCCGCCUUGCGCCGCGCGCCCUCGCCGCAAGAGGCAGCAUCGUCGUCACCCUCUUUGAGGGCGAACCCUACACACUCUGGAAUAUUCGGGACCUCGCUCGCCACGCAGGACUACAAGUGGAGCGGAGUUUUCGGUUCCAGAGUUCCGCGUAUCCGGGGUACAGGCACGCGCGGACGCUGGGCGUCGUGAGGAAUAAGAAGGGCGAGGUGGGUGGUGGGUGGAAGGGGGAGGAGAGGAGCGCGCGGAGUUAUGUGUUUAGGCGGAAGGGGGAGAUUGUUGAGCAGAAGAAGAGGAGGAGGGAGGAUGAUUCGUCUGAUGGGGAGGACUGA